UCUUCUUCGUAAGUUUGUAAACAAAAUAGGUCUUCUGGUCAUACAAGAACAAACUAAUAAAUUGAAGUACAUGAGUAUUCCUGAAAAAUAGUCACCUGAUGCUUGUUAGGUAAACAACAUAAGGAAAAUUAGAAUACCAUGGCUGAAACCAUCAACCUGUUCCUUCUGGUGAGAUUUUAGGCAGGAAUAUGGAUUUCUGAACCGUUGAUGAAGCCUCGUCCUUCGACGAAGUAAGCAGCCUUUCCCUCAUUUCGUGCCAUCUUUGGCCACAACUUGUUCCUUCUUUCUAUGUCCUCCGGGCUGAGAUGCUCGGCGAAACGCAUACCAUGGCUCUGAAGGAAGGCGUUCCUCCUAGCAGCUUUCCAGACAGCAUCCCUGUAGAAUCUGGCAGUGAAGAGGAUGAUGAUACCCAUUGUUCUUGAAUCGUUUUGCUGUUGCUUCUUGCCGAGGCGAUGCACAACGUCGAUGGUAUCACCAACUUUGUUCUUCUCUGCAGGCAUAACGUCUUGGCAGAUGCGGAUAGCCUCUCCUCGCACAUCUUCAUUCUCCACCUCUGACAAGCCGUAAUCUUCAUUCUCCACCUCUGACAAGCCGUAGUCUCAGGUUCCAUCUUCUUGUGUAUUGUUCCAGAUCAGUGAGACGUCUAUGGUACAUUGUUAUUCUUUUCCACUUUAGCCACUCCCGGUUUCACAUCCUUGAUUUCACCGCAUGCAAACCCCACAGUCUUUUUCAAGCCUUCGAUAAGCAUGUCGUUCGCGCCUACCAUUUUCUCAAUGGCGUCAGACCUGGAGUUGAGGAGUAAGGAGAGGGUAUCUACGAUGUCAGAGUUCAUGUUGGGUUUUUCGGAGGGUGGAGGUUUGCACGGAGUAACCUGUAAAGAGGGGAAUUCGUCAUCUUCAACAGCAUUCGAAAGCAUGAUAUUAUCCAUAAGCCAAGCGUAGUUAUGGCAGUUGUCUAUAAGCAUGUUUCUCUCUUGUUGAUUAGCAAUAGAACGGCUAACUUCUUCCUUUCUAUUUUUGUCACGACUUUGCAUUGACAUGCCGAAAUAAAUUAUCCAAUUAUUAUUCCAGUAACAGGAAAGGUCACCAUUUUCGCUUCUAGACCGGACGCUGACCCCUUCAUAGAAGCUAGUGACGUCCCGUGUACUUUGGUCAUGGCUAGACGGUAUCCAGCUUUUGUCAAAUCAAUGUAUUUAAGCUAACCCUAACCCUUUUUAUUAACCUUAACCCACUUCUCCUAACCUGCUGCGUAAAUUCUAACCUGCUACGACCGUGUACUUAUUAUACUUAAGAGGAGCUUUGUGUCACAUGAAAACAAUUCCUCCAUGAAACCACAAAUAACACUAAUCUAACGUUAGGUGGUUUCAUUUUUAUGAUUUGAGAAAUAUGAAGAAAAUGUAAAAAGGGUUUUCUGAUAUCAAAGGGAUUGUUUUAAUUUAAAAUCAGUGCAUUUUAUGAAUCUAGGAAACAAAUCUAUGGGUGUCUAAGAAGAGUGAUAGCCUUUGUUUCAGGGGGAUAUUAUAUGCAGUCGGACAUCAACAAGCAUGGAUGGAAACGGAGAGCUAGCUCCACGUAUCUGAAAUCUGUCACGUUUCACACUUCUAAUCAAAGCUGGUCAACAAGAGUUGCUUUGAAAUGGAGCCACAACCCAAACGCAGAAAAGAAUAUGAGUGUGACAUCGACUCCUGGGUUGCUUACCCUGUGCUGUCCAACGAGCAGUCACAAGACAUUGAGCUAAUCGAGGCCUUUGCAGCUCCCAUCAUCAACAAGAAAGAAACCUCUCGUUUGAUCAAGGAGUUGGCCAAAGUAUACCCAUUACCUGGACUUCAGCACAUCAAGAGAGUACGUUCAUGCAAGGAUAAGGGCAGCCCUCACCCUCUGGAGGUCAUUGUAUGCCUUGCCAGUGAUGGACCAGUCAUUGACCACAGUAAGGAGCUGCACAUAUCUGAUCUGUCGUCAUCUGGUAGAUUAAACUGUGAAGGUCUAGGAUACCCUUUCCUGAUCAAGAUACCAGCAUGCCCUCCUUUGACCAGACCGCAGUUUGAGCAGGCCAGCAAACACUGGCCCACCUCCUUUCACGAGGACAAACAGGUGACUGUGGCCCUGAGGGGCCAGCUGUUCACCUCCUCUCAGAAAUCAAAGAUGCAGGAGUACAUGAUGGCUGCUGUGGCUGCAGCCAGAGCGGGGCAGGAGAGUGGCAUGGAGGCUGUGGGGGCUGCGGUCGUUGACCCAGAGGCAGAGAGGAUCCUCGCUGUGGGACAUGACUGCCAGCAAGGCGGUCACCCACUUCAUCACGCCAUCAUGGUCUGCAUUGACCUUGUGGCACGUGGGCAGGGGGGUGGGGCCUACACCUAUGACAAGUACCCCGCCUGCCAGUCUGUUUUGCCCUAUUCCUCACCCUCUCAAAAACAGGGCGCCACCACCAUGACAACCUGUGGGGUCGUGCAGGACGGGGACAGUGCAGAGGAGAGAGUUGAGCCAUACAUCUGCACCGGGUACGACCUGUAUGUUACUCGAGAGCCUUGUGUUAUGUGUGCCAUGGCGCUAGUCCAUUCUAGGAUAGGCAGAGUCUUCUAUGGGACAGCCUCUACCGAUGGGGCAUUUGGGACUAAAUAUAAAAUCCACGCUCAAAAAGAUCUGAAUCACCGCUUUGAAGUUUUCAAAGGAGUCUUGGACCAACAGUGUGAAGACCUUAACAGGCCUAUACACUAUAUCAAAAUGAAUUCUUAAAGGUUCACAUAAUUGUUACAGGAACGCUAGACCAUUAUAAACGGAUUAAUCUUGUGUCAGACUACUAGGCACACGCGGUUGAUGAACGAGACUAGAUCAACGUGUGAAUUACAAGUAACAUUUUACUUCUGGAAGAUUUUGAAUUACAUAACCACAUUUUAAUGUUUUACUUUGUUACUGUGUAAAAUUCAAUGCAAUAAAGUUUUGGCUACUGUGA